CCCAGAUGUGACUGUGUGGAUGGCAUGUCGUUGUCUUUUUUUACAUCCCAUCAUCUCCUGUUUCCUGGCUCCGUGUUGCUCUCUCGUCCUCCUCUCGUCCACUCUCUCGCAGUCUUCUGCUUUGGUCCGGCUCAGACACAGAUAGACGGUCCAACACCGCCACCGCCACCAUGCGAGGUCUGGGGAUGGGCGGCUGCGGUUGGCCGCCGUUCGUCGACUGCCAUUCCCGGGAUGACGAGGAGGAGUACUACGGCAGCGACCCGCGGCCCCGGAGCCUGGCGUUUGAGGACAAGGAGCCCAAGCUGCAAGUGGGCCUGGACGCCGUGUCGCUGGCCAGCACCGCCAGCAGCCUGCGGACCCCCCAGUGCCGGAUCUGUUUCCAAGGCCCAGAGCAGGGCGAGCUGUUGAGCCCGUGCCGCUGUGACGGCUCCGUGCGCUGCACCCACCAGCCCUGCCUCAUCCGCUGGAUCAGCGAGAGAGGAUCCUGGAGCUGCGAGCUCUGCUACUUCAAGUACCAGGUCCUGGCCAUCAGCACCAAGAACCCUCUGCAGUGGCAGGCCAUCUCUCUGACGGUGAUAGAGAAGGUGCAGAUAGCUGCCAUCAUCCUGGGUUCCCUUUUCCUCAUCGCCAGCAUCUCCUGGCUCAUCUGGUCCUCCCUCAGCCCCUCGGCCAAGUGGCAACGCCAGGACCUGCUCUUCCAAAUCUGCUACGGCAUGUACGGCUUCAUGGAUAUCGUCUGCAUAGGCCUCAUCAUCCACGAGGGAUCGUCAGUGUAUCGAAUCUUCAAACGAUGGCAGGCUGUCAAUCAGCAGUGGAAAGUACUGAACUAUGAGAAAUCAAAGGACUUGGGCGACCCGGUGAGCUCGAGCAGCAAGGCGGGGGCUCGCGGCUCUCGCGGCAACCCUCACGGUCUGGCCAGCAGCAGCGGCGGGCGACAGAGCAGGAGGUUAAGAACUAUUCUGAACCACCACUGUGGAUACACCAUCUUGCACAUCCUGAGCCAACUGCGGCCCAACGACCCGCGGAUCAGCGCCGCCGCCAACCGGGAGGUGGUGAUGAGGGUCACCACCGUAUGAGUGGGACUUUUUUUGGCAUGCGUGAUGGGAUAGACCUCGUUUUUGUUGUUGUUUUUUGUUUUUUUUUUCUCUUUGUGUCCAGAUGUAAAUGAGAGGACGAACUUAUGGACCUAAUCUUAAAUACUGAAGACUCAUGUAGGCGACAGGAGCCUGCGAGGAUUUCUCUUCUUGUUUCCUACAACAAAAAGGAAGCCAGAUGCUCCUUUUCAAUUAUUAAAGAACUGAUGAAAACAAGGACGAAAAAGCAUUAAAAGACAUCGAACGUGAAAUGUUUGGGGGGGGAAACCUGUAAACAGGCUUUAUAACUUAAUCCAAGACGAUGAGACGUUUUUUCCAGUUCAAUAUCAGGAUGCACAGAGACAUUUUUUCUUUGAUUUGAUCCUCUUGGUUUGAUUUGUAUCUAUUUCCUUUUUGGGUUUUUUUGUUCUUUCUUUUUGUUUUUUACUCACUUUGAUUUUGUACGGAUGUAUGAUUUUUAGAGGCAAAAAAAAAAAAAAAAAUCAUGUAACUCCAUACAUGCCAAGCAUUUCCAGACGACUAUUGUGUGAUGAUCUUAAAACAUUUCUAUGAGCUAACCGAUGCUGGUAAACAGACCGAAAACUGAAGCAAACAAACAAACAAACAAACAAACAAACAAGCAGACGCGAGGGGGGAACCUGGAGGUGACAGCUGAACAAUAAUGUCAUUAACGCGUGAGGAAAAAAAGAAAGAAGGGGGAAAAACAUUUUUUUUAAAAAGAAAACAAUAAGAUUCCAGUGACACUUAACCUUUCUGCAAUAAAGAUACGUAUGUACAUUUCACAGGGAAUUUUGCAUGGGUAUAUAAUUUUUAUUCUUCAUCACAUAACAUAAGCACAUGACAAAUUUGCUCUAUUUCGAAUGGUGCUUGCCAAAAUAAAACACUUAACAACAUCUGAUUUCAUUGCACCAACUUUUUGUCGACGGGACAAAUGGCAGUGUGUUAACAGCUGUUUCAGCUCAGAUACAGAUUGUUGCUGCUGUGUGCUGAUUCAGAUUUGAUAAUAAGUUAAAAAAAAAACAAAAAAAAACUAUUGGAUUAAAAACGGGGAUCAGACGAUCUCUUAAUACUCA